ACGUCAUUUCCGGUUGCUGCUUACUUCCGUGCGUUGUGCGCAUGUCACAAGUUCUUUACAACGGGCGGUCCAAGAUGGCGGACGCACAAACCGAGAGGGCUUAUCAAAAACAGCCCACUAUCUUCCAGAACAAAAAACGUGUUCUGGUAGCAGAUGGUGGCAAAGAAAGCAAGGAAAAGAUCCCCCGUUACCACAAAAGUGUCGGGCUGGGUUUUAAGACCCCAAGAGAGGCUAUAGAUGGCACUUACAUUGAUAAGAAAUGCCCUUUCACCGGGAAUGUCUCAAUCCGUGGCCGAAUCCUUUCUGGUGUGGUGACCAAAAUGAAGAUGCAGAGGACCAUCGUGAUCAGACGUGACUACCUGCAUUACAUCCGCAAGUACAACCGCUUUGAGAAAAGGCACAAGAACCUGUCUGUGCAUCUGUCACCAUGCUUUAGGGACGUCACCGUCGGCGACAUUGUGACUGUUGGAGAGUGUCGACCGCUGAGCAAAACCGUGAGGUUCAAUGUCCUCAAAGUGACAAAGGCUGCUGGAGCCAAGAAGCAGUUUCAGAAGUUUUAGCUACACCAUGGAAACAAGGUGGCUUUCCAAUAAAUGGAACUUGUUCAAUAGAA